UUUUGAGUUCCGUCGUCAACGAGCGAGUCGAGUCAUCUUGAACACUUCAAGGGCAAAGUGGAGAGUCAUCUUUUCGUUCGUUGCCUGGACCACACUCUUUUCCUGGAUCUUGAUCGUUGCCUGUCUACCUUACGACCAUGUCUCUGCCCAAUAAUAGUUGGCCGCGUUGAACCAGGAAACAGCCCCUGUGCGCAAUACAUCCAACCUCUCUCUGACAGGGUCGACCUGAUCCGUGAAGUCGUCCCCGUGUACUUUUAUAACACCGUCUCCGAUCAUGUCAAGUUCGGUGAAGAGAUAGCUGCUGCGGAGCCGAAGAGAUGGUGUUUGGCUUCUUUCUUCUUCUCUCGGUAAUCACAGCUCCAGCGAUCGCCCAGCCUAAUACUCGGGGCUUCAUCAGCAUCGACUGCGGGAACUCCAACUCUAGUUAUUUCGACACCGUUACCCAAGUACCAUACGUCUCCGAUGACCGAUUCAUCGAUGUGGGAUCAGAUUUCUACAUCCAAUCAAACUACAGAAACUCCUCUGUUCCAACGCUACAACUCAAUCUCAGAAGCUUUCCGAAUGGACUCCGGAAUUGCUACACCUUAAAGCCUGUGCCUCAGAACAGUACGUAUCUUGUCAGAGCAACUUUCAUGUACGGAAACUACGACGGCAAGAAUAGCCAAAUACAAUUUGACCUUCACAUCGGAGUCGAUCAUUGGAAGACGAUGACCAUCUCCGAUCCAUCUGCUAUCUAUACGGCCGAGGCUCUGAGUCUUGCUACUGCCAAUUCCACAUCAGUUUGUUUGGUCAAUACCGGAGAUGGAACUCCAUUUAUAUCUUCCUUGGAGCUGAGGCCACUCAGGAACGGUCUUUACGGGGAAUACGUGAAUGCUUCGCAGUCUGUGGUUCUCGUCACUCGGCGCAACUUCGGAGCAACAAAGUCACUGAGGUUCCCGGACGACCCUUACGAUCGCGUUUGGAACCCCUACACCGAUCCCUCCUGGCUCACCUUGUCCACCAACUCGACCGUGGACAACAGGGACGAUUUGUUCGAGCCGCCGGCCGCUGUGAUGAAGACGGCGGUGACUCCGAAAAGAGUCCGGCAGCUGGCCUUCGCCUGGGACUCCGUCUCCCCCGACGACGAGCUGUACGCCGUCCUCUACUUCGCCGAACUCCGGAACUUGACGGGCAAGGCGACGAGGAUGUUCAACGUCACCCGGAAUGGCGAGUCCAGGUUUAGUUGGUAUGCCCCGCCUUACCUCUCGCUUGGUUACAUAUACAGCGUCGUGCCAUUCGAAGGCUAUUAUCGGUACGGAUACGUGCUCCACGCAACGAGCAACUCCACCCUCCCGCCCAUCAUCAACGCCUUCGAGGUCUACUCGUUGAUGCAGCUCACACAAGCCGCCACCGAUUCCAGAGACGUUGAUGCCAUGGCAGAAAUCAGACUCCAGUAUCAACUGAAGAGAAACUGGAUGGGUGAUCCAUGUGCUCCAAAAGCAUAUACUUGGGAUGGCUUGAAUUGUAGCUAUGGUCCUGAUCCUCCAAGGAUCAUAAGCAUAAAUUUAACUUCAGCAGGAUUGAGUGGUGAAAUAUCCAGCUCUUUUGCCAUGCUUAAAGCAGUCAAGCACCUGUACUUGUCUCAUAACAACUUUAAUGGAACAAUACCUGAUUCUCUGGGCAGUUUAUCAUCUCUUCGGGUCCUAGAUUUAUCUUGUAACAAUUUAACAGGAAAUAUACCUGACUCUCUUGGACUUCUUUCAUCGCUGCAAGUCUUAAAUUUGUCAGGAAACAAUUUCAAUGGAUCUGUUCCUGAUACCCUCCUCAAAAAGUCAGCUACAGGGUUACUUACACUCAGGGUUGACAAAGAAGGCUGCACCAAAGUUCCUUCAUCUUCAACAAAGCAUAAAACACAUGUAGUUGUGAUUAUUUCGGUAGUGUCUGGGCUGCUACUUCUAGUGGUGGUGCUUAUUGUCAUCGUAUGGAGCACCAGAAGGCUGAGAGGUCAGGACUCCAAUACCUUUGUGCAGCCACAAAGUGAGGACCACUUUCUGCAGAGAGAUCAUCAAGUUUCAUUUGAGGGUUGGCAGUUUACAUACGCACAGUUGGUAAACAUAACGAAUAAUUUCACAAGGGUCAUUGGGAAAGGAGGUUUUGGCAUGAUCUAUCAUGGCUGCUUAGAAACUGGAAAGCAAGUUGCAAUUAAGAUGUGUUUUGUAUCAUCACCACAAGGAAUGAAGGAAUUUCUGGCUGAGGCCCAGAAUUUGACGAGGAUCUAUCACAGGAAUCUGGUUUCUCUUGUUGGUUAUUGCAUGGAUGGGAAUUGCCCAACACUUGUUUAUGAAUACAUGAAGCAAGGAAGCCUUCAAGAACAUCUACGAGGUAAGGCAGGUCAUUCUAGAGGCCUAAGUUGGGGGCAGCGGCUGCAAAUUGCACUUAACGCUGCACAAGGGCUGGAAUAUUUGCACAGAGGAUGCAAGCCUCCAAUAAUCCAUAGAGAUGUCAAGACAAGUAACAUCCUCUUGAAUGAAGAACUAGAGGCUAGAAUAGCAGACUUUGGGUUAUCCAAGUCUUUUCAGAGUGAUGAGCAGACCCAUAUAUCCACAAAGUCAGUGGUCGGCACUCCUGGAUAUAUUGAUCCUGAGUACCAUCAAACUUACCAACUCACAGAGAAGAGUGAUGUGUAUAGCUUUGGUGUAGUUCUACUGGAGCUAAUCACAGGCAGACCUCCACUUGUGCCUGGUUCAGAAAAUACUCACAUUGUGCAGUGGAUCACCCCGCACCUUUCAAUGGGGAGCAUAGAUGAUAUUGUCGACGAAAGUCUACGAGGAGAAUAUGAUCCCACUUGUGUGUGGAAGAUCCUGGAUCUAGCUAUCAGGUGCACAGCAAAUAAAGGCAGCCAGAGGCCAACGAUGUUUGAAGUUGUGAUGCAGCUGAGAAGCUGCUUGGAGCUAGUAAUUGCAUCUGACAAGUGCGAGAACGAGAACGUAUACAGUGGAGACUUCAAUGUAGACCAAGAAAGUGCAUCUGACAUAGGAACGAACAUGCCGGGACCAACUGUUCCUACCAGAUAACUCUUAUCACAUAUCCUCUUGUUCGAGUAUCCUGUGUCUAGGUAAGAUGUGUUGAAUGCAAUUAUUGGCACUGAUACCGCAUCUAAAAUAGAGAGAGAGAGAUUGUAAGCGUGAAGAAACUGAUUAAGUUUGCAGUGAAAGAGGUCGAAUUUGGAUGUUCAUCUUGGUGAUGCUUGCACCCUGCUAAAUACAAAACUUGGUAUAGUUUUAUCCGUGUA